AUGGAUGAUUAUAUUGGAGAUCUUGGUACCGAACGAGUUGAAUUGACUUCAACUCCAUUUCUUCCGACAGCGGCUCGUUUCGAAAACCUUACUGCUAUUACUGAAGCAGCGGACUUUCAUAUGAUUUGCAUGUUUCGUACACCUCGUAAUGCUGGCAUACAAGGCGAUGUGUUUCUUGCACCAUUCAGUAUGACUGUUUGGUGUGUCUUCGGUAUUAUUUUGUUCAUAAGUGGUAUAUUUCUAUGGGCUAUUUUCUACUUGGAAAAUCAUCGCUUAAAAAAAUGUUUAAAUUAUGUACCUUGUUUGCUAACUGCGUGUUUGAUCUCAUUUGGUUCCGCUUGUUCGCAAGGGAGUUUCUUACUACCACGUUCAACAGGUGGAAGAAUGGCAUUUUUUUCUUUAUCGCUAAUUUCAUUUUUUAUGUACAAUUAUUACACUUCUAUAAUCGUAUCUACUUUACUGGGUUCACCGAUUAAAUCACAUAUUAAAACGAUGGGACAAUUAGCUGAUAGUAAUUUAGAAGUUGCCAUGGAACCUUUACCGUACACUGCUUCUUAUUUGUAUGUAAGUACCUCAAAACUGCCCGAUGUUCGGCGCUUUGUGGCACGUAAAGUUGAACCUCAAAAGAAUAAUCCAAAACUUUGGCUGUCUGUUGAAGAAGGUGUAAAAUUAAUGCGCGAUAAUCCGGGUUUCGUAUAUGUUUUUACAGCUGCUACUGGUUAUGAGCUGGUUGAAAAAUUUUUUAAGCCACAUGAAAUUUGUGACACCAAUGAAGUUCUGUUUAGACCAGAGAAAUAUUUAUAUUCACAUACACAUAAAAACUCAACCUACAAAGAAUUGAUAAGAUUAACAGAAAUUCGUUUGUUGGAGACUGGCGUUUACUUGAAGUUGCGUAGAUAUUUCAUGCGUCACAGAUUGAACUGCUUUGCAACUAAUUUUGUAAUCGACGUAGGUCUGGAAUAUACCGCGCCACUAUUUUUUCUUUUACUCACCAGUUAUUUACUAGUUUCAUUCAUUUUUAUACUGGAAAUUUAUUAUAAAAAAUACAUCGAGAACAGUUAAAAAGUGAAGA